UCGCUGCUCGGGUCCCGUUACCGCCUCCUGGCCGGCCUCGCGCCUUUCACCGGCACCUGGCGUCCGCCGCGCCGCUGCAUUCGCUCCUGCCACGCGCGCACCCGGGGCUCCGGCUCCGGCGCCGGCACGGGUCGCGCCCUCGCUCGCCUGCCCCUGAGGCCGCCGGCCCGCCGCCGCCAUGGGUGCCUACCUCUCCCAGCCCAACACUGUCAAGUGCUCCGGGGACGGGGUCGGCGCCUCGCGCCUGCCGCUGCCCUACGGCUUCUCCGCCAUGCAGGGCUGGCGCGUUUCCAUGGAGGAUGCUCACAACUGUAUUCCUGAGCUGGACAGUGAGACAGCCAUGUUUUCUGUUUACGAUGGACAUGGAGGGGAGGAAGUUGCCUUGUACUGUGCCAAAUAUCUUCCUGAUAUCAUCAAAGAUCAGAAGGCCUACAAGGAGGGCAAGCUACAGAAGGCUUUGGAAGAUGCCUUCUUGGCCAUCGAUGCCAAACUGACCACUGAGGAAGUCAUUAAGGAGCUGGCACAGAUUGCAGGGAGACCCACUGAAGAUGAGGAUGAAAAAGAAAAAGUAGCUGAUGAAGAUGAUGUGGACAAUGAGGAGGCUGCACUGCUGCAUGAAGAGGCCACCAUGACUAUUGAAGAGCUGCUGACACGCUACGGGCAGAACUGUCACAAGGGCCCUCCCCACAGCAGAUCUGGAGCUGGGACAGGCGAGGAACCAGGGUCCCAGGGCCUCAAUGGGGAGGCAGGACCUGAGGAUCCAUCUAGGGAAACUCCUUCAGAGAAAAACGGCCCCACAGCUAAGGUCCACUCAGGCCUUUCCUCCAACUCGGAACGUGGGACUGAGGCAGGUCAAGUUGGUGAGCCUGGUACCCCCACUGGUGAGGCUGGGCCCUCCUGCUCUUCAGCCUCCGACAAGCUGCCUCGUGUUGCUAAGUCCAAGUUCUUUGAGGACAGUGAGGAUGAGUCAGAUGAGGCGGAGGAGGAAGAGGAAGACAGUGAGGAAUGCAGUGAGGAAGAGGAUGGCUACAGCAGUGAGGAGGCAGAGAAUGAGGAAGAUGAGGAUGAUACUGAAGAGGCAGAAGAGGAUGAAGAAGAAGAGGAGGAGGAGGACAUGAUGGUGCCUGGGAUGGAAGGCAAAGAGGAGCCUGGCUCUGACAGUGGCACAACAGCAGUGGUGGCUCUGAUACGAGGGAAGCAGUUGAUUGUAGCCAAUGCAGGAGACUCCCGUUGUGUGGUGUCUGAGGCUGGCAAAGCCUUAGACAUGUCCUAUGACCACAAACCAGAGGAUGAAGUGGAGCUAGCACGCAUCAAGAAUGCUGGUGGCAAGGUCACCAUGGAUGGGCGAGUCAACGGGGGCCUCAACCUCUCCAGAGCCAUUGGAGACCACUUCUACAAGAGAAACAAGAACCUGCCACCUGAGGAACAGAUGAUCUCAGCCCUUCCUGACAUCAAGGUGCUGACUCUCACUGACGACCACGAAUUCAUGGUCAUUGCCUGUGAUGGCAUCUGGAAUGUGAUGAGCAGCCAGGAAGUCGUAGACUUUAUUCAGUCGAAGAUUAGCCAGCGUGAUGAAAAUGGGGAGCUUCGGUUACUGUCAUCCAUCGUGGAAGAGCUGCUAGAUCAGUGCCUGGCGCCUGACACUUCUGGGGACGGUACAGGGUGUGACAACAUGACCUGCAUCAUCAUUUGCUUCAAGCCCCGAAACACAGCAGAGCUCCAGCCAGAGAGUAGCAAACGGAAACUGGAGGAGGUGCUCGCCUCUGAGGGGGCUGAGAAAAAUGGCAACAGUGACAACAACAAGAAGGCCAAGCGGGACUAGCCAUCAUCCACACCUCUACCCACAUAGACUGUUUUCUGAGCCCUCCGGACCUGAGACUGAGUUUUGUCUUUUUCUUUUAGCCUUAGCAGUGGGUAUGAUGCGUGCAGAGGGAGCUGGGUGGUUUUACUCAGCCUAUUCCAAAGAGGGCUUUCCCUCCAUUCAGCAGCCUGGGAGCCUCUGCUGUCCUCCCCAGCCUCCUCCUUGCUCCUUUGGGCUCAUCACUGGUUCUUUGCCUGUGCCUGUGCCCUUUUGUUGGAGGGAAGGACUGGUGGUUCUGGUUUUUACUCUGUGAACACUUUAUUUAAGGACAUUCUUUUUUAUUGGCGGCUCCACAACCCUUGCCGCUUGCACCUGCUCUCUGUUGUACAACUUUCAAGCAACACUUUUUCAGACUAAAGGCCAAAACCUAAUCGU